CUAUUUUUUUAAAUUCUCCGUCCGCAGCCCUUGAGAACAAUGAAGCUAAUGAAGCCGCAAUUAUGCACUUUACGGUGUGACGUAGCACGUACGGAAUGUAAGGGUUCCCCUCGAUACGACUUCUUUAACAACAAAAUCAAUCAUUUUCAUCAUCACCGCCCAGUGUACAAGCCACGUUUCAAAUGGAACCCCUUGUGCAAAAGAUCCUUGUGGUCGGCGGUAAUGGGUUUAUUGGCUCUGCGGUAUGCAGGGCGGCCCUCGCGAGGGGCAUCCAGGUGACCAGUAUCAGCUCAUCGGGAAGACCAUACCGAACCCCAAAAGGCCAUGCCCCUGCGUGGGUGUCAAAAGUAGAGUGGCGAAAGGCAGAUGCGCUCGUCCCGGAGACAUAUGCCGACCUCCUUCCGAACGUCGAUAGCGUCGUGCACACCAUCGGUAUUCUUCUCGAAGACCGUAGUUACAAGGGUGCAUUGACCCGUGGAGACAUCCCGAAGCUCUUCGCGGCAUUCUCAAAUGGAAGAGAUCGCGCGACGGAUUCCUCGUUCGGACCUGCGAGUGGGGUUGCAGGGAAGGGCACCUACGAGGUCCUAAAUCGAGAUUCUGCCCUUCGGGUAUGCGAGACAUUUGUAGCAAGCAAACCCGCCAACCACGACAAGGAUAAGACCCCUGAAUCCGCUCCGGUCCGCCCUUUCGUCCCAUCAGUUCCGGCACGCUACAUUCAAACCAAGCACGAGGCAGAACAGCGGAUAAGUCACCUUCUGCAAGAUCACCCGAGGUUUCGUGCUGUAUUCAUCAGACCAAGCCUCGUGUAUCACGCUCACCAAAGACCAUUGGUUUCUCCAUUCGCCGCGCUGAUCGAUUUGUCAGCUUCCCUGCACGCCAGAAUUCCGACAGGCGUUCCAACGCCGUCUUCGGUGCUGCGCAUGCUUGGGUCAAAGUUCUCAUCGACUUCUUCCUCCUCGAGGGAAGCGCACGAACACACAAGACCCGGUACUUCCCCGUCAUCGUCAUCGACCACGUUCCCAAAUUCCGGAUUGGCCACGACCCUGAACUCGAUGGCCAAUGCGCUUACCAUACCCCCGAUACACGUUGAUCACGUGGCUGAGGCCAUCUGUGUUGCACUCGACCCGCAGAGAACGGACGUGAAGGGGAUUGUCGGGGUCAAAGAGAUGAGGGAACUCAUUGGGUGGUCUUAACCACUGGCGCAGGGAUACAAAGAACAUCACUGCGGGCGAAGCGCGCGUGCCAUAUAGUUUUUACUUCGCGAUUUGAUUUUUGUGGAGCAGGUAUCGGGCCGAUAGCACCCUCGGCAAAAAUAUAUCUUUGCAAUUUAUUGGGAACGCGGGGUAUACAGGGGUCGUGAGAGGUCGUGGAAGAGAGGAGGCGAAUUAUACUGUAUUCCGAUGCCUAUAAUUAUUGCCGUGCAUCGUGUUUUUGGCUCGGCUUACCCGCGAACAUGAGAAUGAUGUUGCUUCCGACCAGAACGCCGCCGGUGUGCACGGAAGGCUCAACCGACAGG